UGACGUAAUUCUGCGACGUACAUCAUCAAAUCGCGCGCUCAGAAGCACACAGCGCUCAAUGACUAUAUAUUUUACAUUACAUUACGAAUAAUCAAAGAAGGUCCUACGAUGACUGAGUUUAAGAGAGCCUUCUCACUGGUGUGGGAUCACUUCACUCUAGUGACACCCAAUAAGGUCCAGUGCGCCCUCUGUUCACAACGGCUUAGCUUCAACAAAAACACUUCCGCCAUGUUAAGGCACCUACGAUCAAGGCACCCAAGCGAGGCUUGGUACAGCAACUCAACAUCUGGGGCCCACUCAAGCACAAGCAACUCAACAUCUGGAGUCCACUCAACGUUCUCAAACUCAAUAAUUAGUAGUUCUGGAGUCCACUCAUCGUACUCUGGUACUACAGGACUAAACUCAAUGUUUACAAACAAUGCUGCUGCUGGACACCACAUCCAAGUCAGGACCACCAGACAAGAGGACCUGGAUGAUGCCCUAGUCAACAUGUUGGUUAAAGACACCCAGCCAUUUUCAGUAGUCGAGGAAGAGGGAUUCRCUGCUUUCGUCCAAAAGCUAGACCCAAGCUACAAUCUUCCAAACAAGCAAGCRCUGAAGAAAAUGGUGGGGUCUCGGUGUGAAUUCAUCAAUGAUAAUGUUGUWUCUCAGAUGGUAAUUUCUGACUUUGUCAGCCUGACUUCGGACAUGUGGACAUCUAUAGACAAGCACAGUUACAUUUCAGUGACAGGGCAUUUGGUAGCAGAAAAUGCCCAGUUAUCCACUUUCCUCCUUGGGAUUUCUAAGCUGCCUGAAAACCACAAAGUKAUCCACAUUGAGGAGGCCAAAAACCAACUGGUGGCGAGCUGGGGYCUCCACAGCAGGGUYGCUGCAUUUGUCACAGAGAACAGCGAAAAUAUGGUAGCCACGGUUCAGAAAUUAGGAAUCCUCCAGUUGCCCUCUUUUGCACACGUCCUGAACCUUGUGAUUAAGAGGUCCAUGGAGKCUACUUUGGAGCUGCAGGACAUCCGCUCCCAAGCGCGRGCUAUCGUGGCUUUCUUCAAGUCGAAUCAGAACGCAGAGAUGAGGUUAGCCGAGGUGCAGGGGCAGCUAGGCAGGCCGGAGCAGAAGCUGAUCCAGGAAGUGGACUCGAGAUGGAACAGUAGCUUUUCUAUGCUGGAACGYRUCUUUGAUCAGAGGGAGUCKGUGGCUGCUGCUCUCAGCACCCUGGACACGGACAUCAUCCCUCUGGGAUCUGCUGACUACGAGGUCAUCCACCAGUGUCUCGGAGUGCUGGGUUCCUUCAACCAGGCCACAGCUGAGCUCGCCUCAGAGAAACGCGUCUCGGCCUCCAAGGUCAUUCCUCUUGUCCGGAUGCUGAAGAUAACCCUUGAGAAGAAGCACGGGGCCAUCAUACACCCUACGGCUACACAGCUGGCGUCUAACCUGCAGAGGGAGCUUCAGGCGAGCUGCAGUAUGGUGGAGACCGAGCCAAUCCUGGCUCUCUCUGCUCUCCUAGACCCGCGCUUCAAAAUGUUGGCCUUCGGGAACCAAGGCUACGCUCAGGAGGCGGUGAAGCUCCUCACCUCCGAGUGCGCCUCAUUAAUCCGGAUAAAUCCGGACAAGGACGACAUUCUACCGCCGUCCACCACCGGGUCAACGACACCCUCCCCGACAUCACCCCACACCUCCUCCUGGGCAAUGGAAACCGCUUCCAUCUCCAUGGCAACAUCUCCGUCUAAGUCCCACGAUGGGGGUCUGUGGGAGAUGUUUGACAGUAAAGUGGGCGAGACACAGAGCGUCCAGAGCAGCACGGCGGAUGCAGCGGUGGAGGUACAACACUACCUCAGUGACCCGUACCUGAACCGAGUGGAGAACCCCAUGCACUACUGGGAGAAGCACUCCAAGGUGUACCCGCACCUGUUCCAGCUGGCUCGGAAAUACCUCAGCGUUCCCGCYUCGUCUGUGCCAUGCGAGCGCAUAUUCACCAAAGCUGGAGAUGUGUUCAAUAAAAAGAGGAGUUGCCUCAGUAUGAAGGCUGUAGAGCAGAUAAUGCUGUUGAAUAAAGGUCUAGUAUAGCACAAGCAGCAUACUAUCCACAGUGCUUCUCAUGCUGUUUGGCCUGUAUGUAACAUAGGACUAUUAAAUGUACCAAAUGCAUUGUAAUGUAUUCUUCCUGGUUUGUGUAUAAAGUAUGUUAAAAUUGCCUUUUUUUUUUAAGAGAAGCGGUCUUACAUUUACAUUUUGAACAUUUGUCAGGAGGCCAUUUGACCACUAGAGGACAAUGCUGCACUGCCUAACAACCUGGCACACUUGGGUGUACGUUUAUGGCUCUCAAUUACAUUUGAUUUAUUACUGGGUGGACUGAAUUAAAUAUUGCCAUAAUCACCAUAAGUGUUAAAAAUAUAUUUUAAAACAUUUGUAAAAAUCACUGAAUACUAUUUUGCAUUGUCAUGUAAUCGUGAUGGUUGUUGUGCAAUUGAUAUUAUUUCACAUUCAUAUCACCACGUAUGGAGUUCUCUUGAUGCUUUUUGAGUGCUUUUUAAGGUCAAGAAAAUAUUAUUUAACUUCUGAUGGUUUAUUCAAUGCCUAUUGAUGCAGGUGGGGAUGAUGCUAAAUGGCAUUUUCAUUGAAGGUACAAUAGUGAUGUAUGCAAGUCAGACAAGGAUGUCUGUAGCUGGUAUACAACUUACAAUUGACACUUACAAAGGGCAAUGUGCAUUUGAAAAGGUUCAUGCUUGAAAAUUAUGGGGGGAAAUUGCUUGGAGGCAUUCCACUGUUUUUUUUAUUUCACUAGGAAAGUCAGUUAAGAACACAUUCAUAUUUACAAUGAUGGCCUAACCCAGACAACACUGGGCCAAUUGUGCACUGCCCUAUGGGACUCCCAAUCACAGCCAGAUGUGAUGCAGCCUGGUUUUGAACCUGGUAUUGCAGUGAUACCUCUUGCACUGAGAUGAGUCUUAAAUCAUUGUGCCACUCGAGAGCCCAAGUUUGAAUUGACAACAGGUGAAUAAAUGAAGUGGUUGCCAAGGAGACCUCAAAUGGCUACCCAGACUAUUUGCCAAUGGAACAGUUGUUGAGCCAGUCAUUAAAAAGUAAAGAGCACACAUUAAUACUGGGUUUUCAAUUUACUCUUAAAACGAUACAUAUUUCACAGACAUAUUUCACUGUAAUAUGUAAGCUCAAUGGGAAGGCCACUGUAAAAUGUGUACAAGGAUACUUAGCAUUUUGGUUGGGGUGAUGUUAAGUUUUUACUCUGAAUUUUUUACUCUGAAUCCUGUUGAGCUUUUUCCUUUCAGUCUUAUCAGAGAUACUUCUUGUCUUGUUGAGUUUUUGCCAAUGGUGUGCCUGAUAUCACUGCAGCAAAAUCUUGUUAUUCCAUUUUUAGGUUUUCUACCUAACACCCACGUUUUUGUGGAUUGAAAUAAGCUCUAUUUUGAGCGAAUUUUCUUUACUUGGACUGAGAAGAAGUACACAGUUUUCCAAUGAGGCUAGGCCAUUAAACAUCAUCAUAUGCGUUGGACCCACAAUGAGUGCUGCUUUGGACCCACAAUCAGUUGCUCGAUGUUGGCCAAUCAAUUAGAGUAUUGUUUGUGGAGUAGCACAACGUGUAUGAUUAGCUAAGUUUGUUAGCACUACAAGUUGACUAAUGCUUUAGUGUUAACAUCAAAAUAUCUCUUUAUCAUCUUAAGGACAUUCAUUUCAAUGCUUUUUGACAGUAAAUAAGUAAUGCAAAAACCAAAAUGUGCACCCAGGUGGGUCCCAGGACCGAGUUUGGGAUACCCUGGUAUAGGGUAGAAGUUAAAUGUUAGGCAUAUCUUUCAGGUAGAAAUGAAAACUAUUAGGAAAUAGACGUGUCUGAAUGAUGAUGAUGAAUGCCCCCUUAACAUCAGUUAUCGAAUGGAAGGUGUCAAUUAUAUUAUACUACCGGUCAAACGUUUUAGAACACCUACUCAUUCUAGGGUUUUUAUUUAUUUUUACUAUUUUCAACAUUGUAGA